GGCGGCGCCGCCAUUUCCUGCCGGCGGGGCAGGGCGGGCAGCUGAUGGCUUCGCCGGACGUGCUCAGCCAGACCACCCGGCUGGCCUCUUCCAGCGCCUUGCUGCAGGUGCUGUUCCGGGUGAUCACCUUCGCGCUGAACGCGUUCACCCUGCGCUACCUCUCCAGAGAGCUCAUCGGCGUGGUCAACGUGAGGCUAACUCUACUGUAUUCAACAGUUGUUUUCCUAGCCAGGGAGGCAUUUCGCAGAGCCUGUUUGAGUGGAAGUGCAAAGCGAAACUGGACCAAAACAAUUAAUCUGUUGUGGCUGACAGUCCCUCUUGGUGUUUUUUGGUCUAUUUUCUUGGGCUUAGUCUGGCUACAUUUGCUUGAAGUACCUGAUCCUUCUGUGGUUCCUCAUUAUCGGGCUGGUGUAGUGGCAUUUGGUCUUUCUGCAAUUAUUGAACUUCUGGGAGAACCAUUCUGGGUUUUAGCACAAGCUCACUUGUUUGUGAGACUUAAGGUAAUUGCUGAAAGCCUUUCAGUGGUGUCAAAAUGCAUUUUGACGGUUAUUUUAGUGGUCCUUUAUCCUCAAUGGGGCCUUUACAUUUUUUCAUUGGCUCAGCUUGUUUAUGCCGGUGUUCUGGUAAUGUGCUAUAUAAUUUAUUUUGUGAUGUUUUUGGGAUCUCCUGAAGCAACAAAGAAGUCAUUUCCAGUUGCUAGAAUGAAAGCUCUAUUACCUAACUUGAUGGAAGAUGAGACCUUUGUUAACUGGAAGGAAGCACGAUUAACUUGGAGUUUCUUCAAACAGUCCUUCCUGAAACAAAUUUUGACAGAGGGUGAGCGAUAUGUGAUGACUUUUUUGAAUGUGUUAAAUUUUGGAGAUCAGGGUGUAUAUGAUAUCGUGAAUAAUCUUGGUUCACUGGUGGCUAGGUUUAUCUUUUUGCCUAUUGAGGAGAGUUUUUAUGUCUUUUUUGCUAACGUGUUGGAAAGAGGAAAGAAUGUAAAGGAUCAGAAGCAGGAUGAUGUUGCUAUGGCUGCAAAUGUAUUAGAAUUGCUGUUGAAACUUGUGCUGCUGAUUGGCCUUACCAUCACAGUUUUUGGCUUUGCCUAUUCUCAACUGGCUCUGGAUAUAUAUGGAGGCUCAAUGCUCAGUUCUGGAACAGGUCCAGAUCUCCUCCGAUGUUACUCUUUAUAUGUCCUAUUUCUUGCUAUCAACGGAGUAACAGAAUGUUUUACGUUUGCUUUGAUGUGCAAAGAAGAGGUAGACAGGUACAAUUUUGUUAUGCUGGCCUUGUCUUUCACAUUUCUGUGCAUCUCUUACUUCUUGACCCACUGGCAUGGCAGUAUAGGCUUUAUCCUUGCCAACUGCUUUAACAUGGGUAUUCGAAUAGCGCACAGCAUCCACUACAUCUAUGAUUACUUCAAAGGAAGCACUUACAGACCUUUGACAGGCUUGCUUCCCUCACCGUUCUUGGUACUCGUUUAUAUCAUAAGUGGAGUAAUCACUGGUUUCUCAGAGGUAUUCUUCUGCUGUGAUAAGGGUUGGAUGGCAAGGCUGAUUCACAUCAGCAUGGGCGCUCUGUGCUUUGCAGCAACCACCGUUACCAUGUUCUGCACAGAGACCAAGCUGAUCCACUUUGUCAGAAGCCAGUUCCUCUCCCGGUAUAUGAAGAAAGGAACGUGAAAUGCUCAUGUACAGAACAGUUCUUGUGCAUGCUUGCAGUAAAGGGCUGUAUUUUUUACAUAAGCUCUGUAUGGAAAAAGGUUUCUGUGUGGGUUUAUUGGAAGCAUUGAUAUUGGAGUGGCAAUGUAAAAGAUUGCCAACUGAAUAUUAUUUUGUCUUCUAAGCUGGUCAGUACAGUGAAAGAGAGCUGAGUAAUUUUAUCUUCAUGCAUCAUUCUUUUCUAAGCUUUUCUUCAAACAGCCUCUUUGGUUAUGAAUGAGAAUCUAAGAUACACCCUUCUGACAUAACCUAGUUGACAGACUUCAUGGAGAGAGAAGAAUCCAUUCUUACCGAUGGGGACUACGGGUAUGAAGGCAUCAUAUGGCUUACAUCUUAAGUUGUAAUUAAGAAUGCCCUUAUUUGGCAUGGUAUGCUGCUGAACUGGUUAGAAAAUAAAUGGUCUGACAAAAAAACCUGCAAACACAACCAAAAAACCCCCCCACAAAACAAAAGCUGAAAAAACACUAAGGCAAGGACCAAUAGCAAUAUAACUGUUACUGAGCUAGAACCUGAUGUAACGUGGAAAGAUUGAGUUGUCAGAGUUUUGAAGUGUAAAGCAGUGAAUGGGAAGUUCUGAUGUUUACAAGUAAGAUAAUGGCAUACACAGCAUGUGUCCAUACUAGCUAUGUAAGAUCAUUUAAUUCAGCAUAUCAUUCAUUUGUGAGGGUAUUGAUUAACUUGUCAAAAAUACUCUGAAGCCUUAGCUAAAAGAAAAAAGGGGUUUUGAGCGGUGUUUUACAGGAGAUGUUAAGUAAAAUCGUAUUGAUGCUGAAGUUCCAGAAGGUUAAUUAUAAAACUUCUUACUUUUACUCCAGUGUUUUUUUUUUUUAUCUGAGAUGUUAGAUGCCAGCACGAACAAAUUUGUCUCAAUAAAAAUUUUGUCCUCUCUGAAAUCUAAUGUUAAAUAUAAUAAGAUUUCUUUUAAGGGUUUAUGCACAUAGAAACUUUUGCUGUUGGCUAGGAGGUACCUUCUUGUUGCAACUAGUUUUCCUUAUGUCUUGUUCCUUUACUUGUUCAAAUACUUUGUAUUGAUAUUUUUUUUUUUUUUUUUUUCCCCUGAAUUGUUGAAAAUUUGGACAUUCAGAAGUUGUAAAGUAAGAUGUUAGGCUGCUGGUUUAGGCUUACUAAUGGUGUAUUUUAUUGCUGGUCUAUGAUCUAAAUUUGGCAGUUUCAGAAUGUACAAGUGGCAGGUUUAUUGUGAUCAGUGUUCUCUUUGCAGUGUUUGGAUGGGCCAAAAAAUGUCAAGUGACAAAAAAUGUGUGCUCAGACAUGUACUGUCAAAAGCUUUUAGUUUAAUCAUGUAGCAAUUCCUCAGAUCCUCAGACUGCUUUAAAAAUUACUUCACUGUAAGGACAUUGUGGAGUUCAUCCUGGUGACCAUAGCUCACAGCAUGAAAUGCUUUGUGGUAUCAGUGUCUUCAGUUCAGUUCUGUCAGACACAUUUUCUAAACUCUGGUAGUUUUCACUUGGAGAUACUUUAUAUGAGAAUUUGGUGACUGAAAAAUUAUCACAGAGAAGCCAAAAAGUAACAGUGGGAGGAAGAGAAAGGUGCUCUUCCUCAGCUAAUGCUGAUGUCUCCAUUACCUGGCUGGAAGGUAGUAGAGACAGACUUGCUGAUUCUUCUGAAGUUGUUAUGAAAUCUGUCUAAAUAAAACCAACUCUGUUAUUUUGCCUUGCUAAGUGAAUGUGGUAGUUCUUAAAUUUUUUGCUUCUGAGUUGUCUUGCAGCUUUUUUUCCUCAUUUCUAUCAGGUAUGGAGUUUGUUACGAAGUACAGAUCUGUAUAUUGCAGAGGAUUGAAACUUAUUUAUUAUAAAUUAUCAGUGCAUUUUCUUUACCUGCUUGUUCAUAAUUAAAAAACAGACAGGAGAAUUUAAGGAUUCUUUUUAGAGUCUGUCUUUUAGGGUCUGUCUUUUUCUUCAUGGCUUUGGGACCUCCCUGUGGGAUUAUCUCAAUCUGUACAGUGAGUUUUAACUAAUACUUGGAAUGAGGAAUUUUGUAUGGCCCUGCACUCAAAGUGUUUUGGAGAUUGAAGAACUUUUCAUACAAAAGGAGCUUGAAGUCACGUUGUCUUACUUAGUCUUAUGAUCCCAGCUGUACAGUGGUACUAUUUCUGCUGCUAGUGUUGUCAUAAAUAGGGUGAUGUGAGAUCUCACUGUUCAAAUAAUGGGCUGUCUAGUCUCAUAAAACCUUUUUCACAUAAAUGCUGUGUAUGCAUUUAAAGAGAAGUUACAUUUUUAAACUAAUUAGUUUGAUUUCAUAUUGGAAAGGCUUACAAAUCUCUCACAUCUUAACAAGUGGAAACACAAUUUCAUAUGAAUCAGGAAGACAUUUAAGAUGGCUUGAUCAUAGUUCGUUUGCAAAUUAAGGAUACAUUCUUCUAAACUUGAUCUGUAAGCAGUUCAGUGAUGGCUGGGUUUUGUGUGUGGUUUUUUUUUUUUUUUUUUAACUAUAUGUGGCAGGAAACAGCAAGGAGGGACAGGAAGUAUAGACCUAUGAAGCUGUCUCCUGGUUUCUUACUUAUCUGUGUGAUUGUUAUGUGAAAGUUAAUUGCUUUAUUUAUAAAGAAGAACACUCUGUCAAACUCAGGGACAAAGCUGGGAUUGAGCUUGACCAAAUUUCCCUUUUUUUUUGCAGUUCUGUCAGUCUGUCAAAGGCACAAUGGGAUGCUUGUCUAUAAAUUUCAUGAAGUUGUUUUGCAGUGUUUUUCUGAAAUCCUUUAGUUUAAGCCGAAGGAGAAAUAAACUGGAGAAAAAGUUACGAUUUCAUACAUCAUAUGAUAUGUUGGGUUUGUUGUUUGGUUUUUGUUUUGGUUGGUUUGUUUGUUUUUUUAAUAGUUGGAUGAAUGACAUUCAAACAUCUGUAAGAUACAAUGGUUAUAAAAUGGGAUAAUACCAAAUAAAAUUUAUUUCCCUUGUAUCUUGUCUUCCAA